UUCUGUCUCUUUCUUCUCCAACUUACUUUCCCUUCAAUGGCUUCCUAUGAAACCAACCAAGCUGAACCAGAAGAAAAGAAAGUUGAUGUAGUUGUUGAAGGGAUGGUAUAUUGCCAAAGUUGUGACCAUUAUGGUUCAUGGUCUUUCAAUGGGGCUAAGCCAAUUCGUUCUGCUAAAAUUAGUGUAAUCUGCAAGAACCAUAGAAAGCAAGUUAGUUAUUAUAAGGCAGUUGAAACUGAUGAGAAUGGUUAUUUCUAUGCACAACUUGAUGGUUUCAAAAUGGGUCAUAGUCUUUUAGACCAUCCUCUCCAAUCUUGCCAUGUAAAGCUGGUUUCAUCUCCUCUUGCAAAUUGCAGCCUCCUUUCUAAUGUUAACUAUGGAAUCUAUGGAGCUCCUCUUCGUUUUGAGAACAAGAUUCUUAGAGGAAGCCAUUAUGAAGCAGUGGUUUAUAGUGCUGGUCCCUUGGCUUUCCGUCCAGCUCAUUGUUCUCCUGAAUCUCAUGUCUAAUUUGAUAACAAGGCACUUCAUUCUGGUUUCUUUUUCUUCUCUUAUUGUUGAAUUUGACUUCUUUUUUGAUAAAUUCGAUUUUGUUGCAAUGUAAUUUCGAUUUCUUCAAAAUAAAGAAAAGUCAUAAAAAGUUGUUUUGAUUUGUUUUCUAAGCUCAAUAAAAAACAGAAAAACAAAAAAUCAAAAACCUGAAACAGAAAUGAUAUUUAACACUUCCUAAACUCGAAAUUUCUUCACCAAAGGAUGCAACUAAGAACAGGAUAACAUAAUCGUUAUUUCUCAUUGCAAUAAGAAAAAUUCCAAACGAUUCUGACAAAACUAGGAAUGUCAUUACCAAGCAUUUCAGACACACCAAAGCAUCUUUCAUUCAAGAUCAAAACUGUUAAAAUUUAUAUUAGCUUAUGUUUCCUGCCAUGUCUAGCACGCAAGCUCUAAAGUCUAAACUACCACAGGAAGUUCCAUAACCGGCUUGUCCAUUCCGGCCUGGCUUUGAUCUGGAUUCUAAAAAACACAUGGAAAGAUGGAAAAGAAAAAACACUACAAAAGAAGAACAGAAAACGCUUACAACACAUCAAUCCUGCAUCUCUACAGAAGAAGCAAGCCUCUCUA